UCAGGGACCGGCAGGAAGCACUGGCUGACGUACUUCCUGCCCGGGAAGCAACCUCUUUCCUGGGCUGCUACUGGAGAGGUGGGGAGGUUUGUGUGACGGGAGAGGAGCCACACAGAAGCCGGACACUGAGUCUUCCGGCGCCCACCCCUCCUCCCUGCACAACCCGGGGAGAGGAUCCGGAACGCUGUACUGCAGACUUGUGCUUCCCGUCCGGGCCGAGUUUGCGGGUGCACAAUCCCAUUGCGGCCGAGGUAGAGGAUGAAGCCUGGGGAGAGGCGGCUGUAAGAGAGCACGGAACGCUGAAGCAGACAGACAUGGAGGGGAAGCCCGGCCUGCAGACCGUCUACCAGGCCGUGCAGGCCCUCUACCAUGACCCGGAUCCCAGCGGGAAGGAGAGAGCCUCGCUGUGGCUGGGAGAACUGCAGAGAUCGGUUUAUGCAUGGGAGAUCUCGGACCAAAUGCUACAGAUCCAUCAGGAUGUUGAGUCCUGCUACUUUGCUGCACAAACCAUGAAGAUGAAAAUUCAAACUUCAUUUUAUGAGCUGCCCCCAGACUCCCAUGCUUCCCUACGGGACUCCUUGUUGUCACAUAUCCAGAACUUGAAGGACUUGUCUCCUAUUAUUGUAACUCAGCUGGCUUUAGCAAUAGCAGAUCUUGCCCUGCAGAUGGCUUCCUGGAAAGGCUGUGUACAAACGCUUGUAGAAUCCUAUGGUAAUGACGCAUCAUCAUUGUCCUUCCUCCUGGAGAUUCUUACUGUACUACCAGAGGAGGUUCAUAGCCGAUCUCUGCGUAUUGGUGCUAACCGGCGAUCUGAGAUCAUUGAGGACUUGGCCUAUUAUUCUAGUACUGUAAUAUCUCUUCUGAUGUCUUGUGUGGAGAAGGCAAUGGACAAUGAAAAGAUGCUGAUUAAGACAUUCAAAUGUUUAGGAAGCUGGUUUAACUUGGGGGUCCUAGACAGCAACUUCAUGGCUAAUAACCGUCUCUUGAUGCUGCUCUUCCAGGUCCUGCAACAGGACCAAACAUCGUCCAAUUUACACGAAGCUGCAUCUGACUGUGUGUGUUCUGCACUCUAUGCCAUUGAGAAUGUUGAGACGCACCUUAACCUUGGAACACAGUUAUUCCAGGGAGUGCUCACACUUGAAGUGGCCUAUCACAUGGCAGUUGCUCGAGAAGACAUGGACAAGGUGUUGAAUUACUGUCGGAUGUUUACUGAGCUGUGUGAAACCUUUUUGGAGAAAAUUGUGUCUAGUCCAGGGCACGAUCUUGGAAACCUGCGGACCCUGGAACUUCUCUUAAUCUGUGCUGGUCAUCCACAGUAUGAGGUAGUUGAAAUCUCCUUUAAUUUUUGGUACAGACUGGGAGAACAUCUUUAUAAAAUAAAUGACCAAGUGCUGAAUAGUAUCUUUAAACCUUACAUACAAAGGCUUCUCCACGCCUUAGCUAGGCACUGUCAACUCGAUCCUGACCAUGAAGGGGUUCCUGAAGAAACAGAUGACUUUGGAGAGUUCCGUGUGCGAGUUUCAGACCUGGUAAAGGAUCUGAUCUUUCUGGUGGGCUCCAUAGAAUGUUUCUCUCAGUUGUAUUCUACUCUGAAAGAUGGGAAUCCACCCUGGGAAGUCACAGAGGCGGUGCUGUUUAUAAUGGCUUCAAUAGCUAAAAGUAUAGAUCCAGUGAAUAAUCCAACUUUACUAGAAGUCCUAGAGGCAGUAGUCAGACUUCCUGAGUCUGUUCACAUUGCUGUGCGCUACACUAGCAUAGAGCUGGUAGGGGAGAUGAGUGAGGUGAUUGACCGAAACCCUCAAUUUCUUGAUCCUGUGUUGUCCUACCUAAUGAAGGGCUUGUGCCAGCCAACCUUGUCUACACCUUCUGCCAAAGCCAUUCAGAACAUUUGCUGCGUCUGCCGGGACCACAUGGCGCAGCACUUCAAUGGUCUUUUGGAGAUCGCUCGGUCUUUGGACUCCUUCUCAUUGCCACCAGAGGCUUCUGUUGGACUUCUAAAAGGCACUGCACUGGUCCUUGCACGUUUACCUCUGGACAAGAUCACCGAAUGCUUGAGCGAGUUGUGCUCUGUCCAGGUCGAAGCCCUUAAGAAGCUCCUCUCCCAAGACCCUAAUAAUGGCUUGUCCUCUGACCCCACGCUAUUUCUGGACCGACUGGCAGUCAUCUUCAGGCACACCGUUCCCUCAGUAGAAAAUGGACAGACUCACCCAUGCCAAAAAGUCAUCCAAGAAUCGUUUCAAUCUCAGAUAUGGCCUGUGAUGUCCGAGACCUUGAACAAGCAUCGUGCUGACAACAGAAUUGUGGAGCGAUGUUGCCGAUGUCUGCGCUUUGCUGUGCGCUGUGUUGGAAAAGGGUCUGCUGCACUCCUGCAGCCUCUUGUUACUCAGAUGGUUAACGUCUACCAGAUUCAUCAACAUUCAUGUUUCCUGUAUCUGGGUAGCAUCCUGGUGGACGAGUAUGGGAUGGAGGAAGGUUGCCAACAAGGAUUGCUUGAAAUGCUGCAGGCUCUUUGUGUUCCUACCUUUCAACUCCUGGAGCAGCAAAAUGGACUCCGUAAUCACCCGGACACCGUUGAUGACCUUUUCAGGCUCUUUACCAGGUUCAUACAGCGAUGUCCUAUUAUCCUUCUGAGAAGUCAGGUGCUAAUUCAUGUAUUGCAAUGGGCUACUGCUGCCGCUACAUUAGAUCACCGGGAUGCCAACUGUAGCGUCAUGAAGUUUCUGCGUGAUCUGAUACACACUGGGGUAGCAAAUGAUCAUGAGGAGAACUUUGAAGUACGGAAGGAUCUGAUUGAACAAGUAAUGAACCAGUUUGGACAACCGCUGGUCAGCCAGCUUCUCCAUUCUUGUUGUUUCUGUCUCCCCCCCUAUACACUGCCUGAUGUGGCUGAAGUUAUAUGGGAAAUGAUGAUUUUUGACAGGCCGACAUUUUGUAGAUGGUUGGAAACGUCAUUGAAGGGUUUACCAAAGGAGACGUCGGGAGGAGCAAUUACAGUAACACAUAAGCAGUUAACAGAUUUCCAUAAACAAGUCACAAGUGCUGAGGAAUGUAAGCAGGUGUGUUGGGCUCUCAGAGAUUUCACGAGGUUAUUCCGAUAGCUGCGCUCCUAAACCACCUUGCCUGUCUUCUAUGUGAAGACAGGUUACCAGCCCACUCAGACAGCACCUCCAGAACCGAGAACCAUUGUGGAUUGGCUUCUAAAACCCCCAAGUGUGUGAUGCCAAAAGGGGGACGCAGAGUGAACGAAACGGCUGGCAGGCGAGUUUGAGGACAGCGUCCCUGUGUGUAGCGUGCUGAAGAUAAUGUAACAAAACUGGGAAGAAAAGAGCGUCGAAACGCAACCCCUUCACUUCUGAGCUGGGGCAAAUGCUCCCUAAAGAGCUGUGUUAAAAGGUUUUUCUAUAGGUCUUACACAGCAAUAAGGCACUCGGUGAACAGGUGGUACCCGAUGUGUCCCGACAUCCCAAUCCCCCCCACAGUGCCACAUUGUCUAAGACCUCGGGGGUGAAGGGGUUCUAACGGCAAUGCCCAAGCAUCAAAUAUGCAUUUUGUUAUGGGAAGGAUCGGGAAUUGGGAGGUGGCGUCGAAGGGUUUAGAGCUUUCCUUGAUGGACUCAUUUUAAAAUAAAAAAAAAAUAAUAAAAAAUACGAAAAAAAACUGCAAUUAAAAAAAAAAUGUAAAAAAAAAAAACGAAGAGCCGUCAGAUAAAAUCACUGGUUGGCGGAGUAUAAAUUUGCGUGGAUGCAAACUGAGAAAAUAUGCAGCUAAACUUUCUGUGAAAUGAAAAAAAGUAAAAUGUGCAAAAUAAAACGAAGUAAAAAGAGGA